CUCGCGGCCGCGCGCACCGGCAGUGGUAGAGAGUUUUGUGCUCGCGAGUUUUUUUUAAGAGGCCCCCCCUGGAAAACAUGACGGCCGAGAGGCAGCCUGAGGAGGGGGAGACGGGGACAGAAGGUGACCGCAGCACGGCCAGUAACGAUGACAUCACUCAAGCUGUGGCCCUUCUUGCCAAUAAAUAUGCCAGCGAGCCUGAUGCGACCGCCCUGCCAGCAGAACCCAGUGACACGGAAGGAUGCUCUACAGUUAAUCAAGAAACUUCUGGGGAGGACGACGUUUCACAUAAGGAUGAACUCCAGACGGCUAUCGCCCUAAGCUUACUGGAGGCUGCAAACCAUCAACCAGAAGAAAGAGAUUUUAGCAGGUCUCGUGAACAACAAGCCACUGAAAGUAAAUGCAGAACAAAGAGGAAACGCUGUGAAGUUUGGGGAGAUCACCCGAAUCCCAAUGACUUGCGAAGGGACGGGGACUGGCCCGUAGGACUGAAGAACAUCGGGAACACGUGCUGGUUUAGUGCAGUAAUACAGUCUCUCUUCCACCUGCCAGAAUUUCGAAGACUUGUCCAAAGUUACAGCCUUCCUCAAAGCAUAUUUGAGACUUGCCAAAAUCGCAAUGAGAAAAGGAACAUUUCUUUUAUGCAUGAACUACAGUACCUCUUUGCCCUGAUGACUGGAUCAAAGCGAAAGUUUGUUGAUCCUUCUGCUGCUCUGGAGCUCUUGAAUGACGCGUUCUUAUCUGCUGAAGCACAACAGCAAGAUGUCAGUGAGUUCACGCACAAGCUCCUGGACUGGCUAGAAGACGCUUUCCAGUUGGCCGUUAAUGCAGAAAGCUCAAGUGAUAAAUUGGAGAAUCCAAUGGUGCAGCUUUUCUAUGGCACUUUUCUCACCGAGGGGUUCCGUGAAGAUAAAACGUUUUCAAACGUUGAGACAUUUGGCCAGUACCCGCUCCAAGUUAACGGUUUUUACAACCUCAGCGAGUGUAUUGAAGGUGCAAUGGUUGAAGGAGAAAUUGAGAAUCUUCAAACAGGCUCUUCAGUGAAAUACAGACAAGAGCGCUGGUUUACAAAACUACCUCCAGUGCUGACCUUUGAACUUUCACGAUUUGAGUUUAAUCAGUCAUUGGGACAGCCAGAAAAGAUUCACAAUAAACUUGAAUUCCAGGAGAUUAUUUACAUGGACAGGUAUCUGUAUAAGAACAAAGCUCUGAUCAGGAAGAAACGAGAGCAGAUCCAGAAGUUGCAAGGGUGUAUGAAUCAGCUGCAGCAAAGACUGGAAAGGUAUAUGAAAUACGGGUCUGGUCCUCACCGUUGUCCUCUCCCAGAGAUGCUGCAGUAUGUUCUGGAGUUUGCGAGCAGAAGAUCGGCAGCUGUCGGCCAUGAGAAUUCUUUGCUUCAUACAGAAGAUUCUGAUUCUCCAGAUACUCAGCCACUAGAAAAUGGCCUUCCCGGAGAAGAAGAUAUUGCCCCAUCUAAAGACACCUGCUGUCCUGCAGCCUCUCUGGUAUCAGAUGGUGCCUCCGUGCAGAGUAUGCGAAAGGAAACCGCACCAGGCUGUUUAGUUUCAGAAUAUCCUGCUCCUCGCACGGCUUCCGAGGAUGAGCUGCAUGCCGUGGAGACCUGCCUGCAGCGAUGGAGGACGGAGGUGGAUCAGGACAUACAAGAGUUAAAGAAUUGCAUCUCCAACAUUAGGAAAUCAAUUGAGAACAUUUAUGUUGAUCCUGAGCUGUCUGAGGUUCCCUACAGGCUGCAUGCGGUUCUGGUUCAUGAAGGUCAGGCUGAAGCUGGGCACUAUUGGGCUUACAUCUAUAGCCACAGCAGGAAUUCCUGGCUAAAGUACAAUGACAUAUCUGUGACAGAGGCCUCCUGGGAAGAGGUACAGAGGGACUCAUAUGGCGGAAUGCGGAAUGCUAGCGCUUACUGCCUUAUGUACAUAAACCGUAAACUACCAUACCUUAUAGCUGAUGCAGAUGCAGAAACAGGACAGCUGCUGGACAAGAUCGAUGCCCUCCCUCCCACUCUACGGCGCUACGUCAGAGCAGAGAACCGUAGGUUUGAGCAUGAAGCUGAGGAGUGGGAGGGGGCUCACUCAUGCAAAAUGUCCCAGAUGGAGCCGGCAACAACCUUCAGCUCUGACGAGUGCGCCGCAUAUUCUGAUGCAUCCCCUCAGAAGUGUGGCGAUUGCAGCAGGUCCUUAUCGUCUGAGCAUGCUAUGAUGACCAAAGAGCAGACCGCUCUAGCUAUUAAUAAAACCGCUGUAUCUUAUGAGCAGAACGGCGUGGAGGCUGCACUAAAAGAGCCGACAAAACCUGAGCCGGAGGAGAAAGGUCAACCAGCACCCAACCUCCCGGCUCAGGCUGGGGAAGAUCAGACAGACACUCAGCUUUCUGAAGUGGAUAUCCCCAGUGUGGGGAAGAUACUCGUUAGAUCUGAUGCUGAUGGUUAUAAUGAGGAGGUGAUGCUCUGCCCUGCUAUGCAAGGCGUUAUCCUGGCUAUACUGAAAGCCCGUCAGAUCUUUGAUCGGGACGGGCCAGAAGCAGCGCUUAUUAAGGCAUUCCGUGAAGAAUAUUCUCGUCUUUACAAAUUGGCUCAUGAAGACUCAACUCCAUCAAGUGAUCCACGUCUGCAACAUGUGCUGGUCUAUUUCUUCCAGAAUCAGGCCCCUGAACGUGUGGUUGAACGGACACUUCUGGAGCAGUUCGCUGACAAAAAUCUCAGCUAUGAUGAGAGAUCUAUCAGUAUUAUGAAGGUGGCACAAGCAAAACUCAAGGAGAUUGGGCCGGAUGACAUGGAUAUGAAAGAAUACAAGAAAUGGCACGAAGACUACAGCUUGUUUCGUAAGGUUUCAAUAUAUCUGUUAACUGGGCUGGAGCUGUAUCAGCAUGGAAAAUAUCAAGAAGCUCUCACAUACUUGGUCUAUGCCUAUCAAAGUAACAGUGAGCUCCUUAGUGUAGGGGCGAACCGUGGCGUGGAAGAGUCUAUAAUUAAGCUCUAUAGAAGGAAGUGUCUUAAGGACUUAAAUGAUACGGCGGCCAUUUUGUUUGAGAGCGGUCAGGAAGAGCACGUGACUGAAGGCGUCGGCAUCAUGAAUGACUUAAUAAUUCCCUGCAUGCAGCUUAUCUUCAAUAACAGUACUUCCCAGGAAGACCUGGCCGCCAUAGAAGAAAUGAGAAGUCGCUGGUGCUCCUACCUAGGACAAGAUCUAGAUGACAACCUGCAACUGAAGUUGGGGGAGUUUCUCCCACGGCUGUUAGACUGCUCCAACGACAUUAUCGUACUGAAGGAACCUCCGAAAAUCCGUCCGCACUCACCUUACGACCUGUGCAAUCGUUUCACUGCAGUCAUGGAAUCCAUACAAGGGGCAUCUGCUGUAACUGUGACAUAGUGCUGGGGUUUACUUCUCGUCCCAGUACUAGACAAAAGAUUAUUAUUAAGACUAAGCAAAAUAUUAUCAAUAAGAUCAAAGCUGUACAACAUUGUGUAUUCACAUAGCAUUAACUACCUAGUCUUUUAUAUUUAAAGCCUUAUGAACGAAGGUAGAAACCACUGGUGCCUUAGUGCAUGUGAACCACUGAUUCUAUAGGUAGGGCAGUGACCCUGAUGCUUUUUAGGUUUGUCGUCAGCACUAAUCUGUGUGUGUGUUUGUAUAGAGACCGUUCUGGGUAUAUAUGGAUUUGUUGUGUGUGAAAGUCUUGAGAUCUCUACAGUCAAAAACAAAGUAAUUAAAAAAAAAUGGUCUCUCCUUGUAGAAAUAUUUAUUCAUAUUUGUAUUUUUUUUUUUAAUUGUUGAAAAUGCAAACGAUGCACAUUGUAUAAACUUAUGUUUGUCUUUUAUCCCCCAAAUCUUUACCAAAGUGUAUCCGUCUCGCUCUCAUUAUCCGUUUUCUUUUAACAGUUCCCGUUUCUGUAAGUAAAUGACAUAUACACUACACCCAAAUCUCACUGUUGAGAAAUGUCGUCUUAGGAGGGAGAGUUCAUUAUUUAGCGCUGAUAAACCACAUUACCCCCUUUAUAAAGGAUCUGAAUCUUCAAUUCUUAUGUUUAUUUCUACGUGCGCAAAUCCUCUUCAGCUUGUGCCUCUGGCUUCCCCGUAUGAUGCUUUUUUAUUUAAAUUAGCUGCAGGUGGUUCUGCCAAUCCUCUCCCUAAGCUUUCACUCAGCAGUUGCAUCUCUCUUCCUGUCACAGCGUACGGUACUGAUCGCUGUCCGUGAGGGCUUGUGCAGUUAGAGCUAAACAUGAGAACUGAAGAUUUGGAUCCUUUUUAAGGGGGUAAUGUGGUUUAUUGAUGCACAUUUUUUUAUGACUGUUGACUGUCCGUAUAAAGCAGAGGGAUUCUGAACAAAGUUAAAUUAUUUAUGUUGCUUGAACAAAUUAGGUGCAGAGAAUUAAUGACGGGCUGUUUGUGGCCUUAGAUUAUUAGGGUUGAAAAGCUCUGGGUCGUUAUCUAGCAAACUGAUUAUGCUUCUGAAUCUUUGGAAAUAGAGUGUUGGGGCGACUGACGUUUCCAGCUCCAUCCUGAACACAAAACCUAGAUUUUAUUUGAGUUUGCAAACCACCCCCAACAAGGCACUGUAUGGUGGUGAUACCCUUUGUUGCUGUGCAGCAUUGAGCCUUAUUCAUCAUUGAUAUGAAACUCGAAAACAUAUUUUAUUUCAAUAAUUGAACAGUGCUGCUUUAUUCAGUACUCUUGCUAAUGUGUGUUUAUAAAAGGUAUAUUGAGGGAAACUACUGUAUAAACUGAAUCAAAAAUCAUUAGUGCUGAGAAAUGUGUUUUAUUUUCAACAAAAUUCCACUGCCAUUUUCAUAAGUGCAUGUUAACGUGUACAAACACACACAUAUCUGGUGUCUUCUCAUGAACAUGUAAACAGAAUAUUCGUACAGAAGGUUGUACUAAGUUCCAACAUCGUGUGCUCGCAAGAUAUACAGUUACAGAUCAUUUUGCACAAAAUGGUUCAGGUCAGUUACAGGAUCUGGUUAACAAAAGUAUUUUAUAAGCCACUUAGUUUACUUGAACAGUAGCUGAUGUACCAGAUACCAUUGUUUUCAACCACCAGCAAAAGUAUAUUUUACUUAUGUGUUUAAGGUUGCCAAAUAGGAUGCUCACCAGAAGCAAACUCAGGAUGACUUGUAUUACUGUUACAGCAUAUACUGCCAUAUCUCUUUAAGCAACUCUAUGCUUAUAAACAGGUUGCUUGUGAUAAAUGUGUAUAGUGUUUGAUAAUUAUCAUUACAUGAAUCCAGUGUCGGGUUGAUGAGAGGUUAUCGUCCUGUACAGUCAGAGCUGCCUUCUACUGGAGGGCAAGAGAGGAAUCCUGGCAUUACACAGAUAAAACAGAGCAAAUGCACCUUCUAAAUUGCUCAGCUCGGAAUAAUUUGAACAUCCAUAUCUCUUGCCAAGCAAAUGACAGGAGCUGACUGGGUAAUGGAGAAUGUUUAGCCUGUGGGUGUGGGUAUUUCUGAACAAUCACACAACCAGCUGCACAAUUCCAAUUCAGCAGGAAAACGAGGUGAAAAAAGGGUAGUUUGUGAAGCCAAACACCAUUGGGAUUUGGCAAGGAAGGGAUAUAUUCUUGGCUCUCUUAUUUUGGAAACAGAGAGAAUAAAAGAAAAUAAGGGAGAAUUUAGUUUGGCGUCUACACAAUGAUCGCCAUUACGGCGAGCAAAAAAUAAAACCAGGACUUGAAAAGAUGUGUACGUAUCUAUAAUUACUUCCAUUUCUGUUUUUAGAGAUGGAGUUCUUCGUUAUUUUUUGAAUAAAAUAAAAGUACUGUUUCUCUGCUUUAAAAAUUCCCACAUGCAUUUGCCAAUGUUGACGCCAGCUGUGCCAAAAAUUCUUGUCACCAGCCUAAAAGGCAAACGUGUCUUUUUAUAGAUGCUUUUUUUUUAAUCUGAAUACUAUUUUCUCCUAAAUUUCUGUGGAAUGGGGAAAGCGGUUACAGUUAAGUUACUUUGUGAAAAUGCAAAAGUGAAUGUUAUUUGUUUGUAUGUUAAUAAAAAAUAUUUGUUUUUAUCUGA